GUACAAAGCAGCUUCAUAAAUUCUUAUCGCAUCGUUCAGCCUUGCAUAAUGUAGUCUCACGAUAAGAUACGGCAAGCGAGAAGGUGCCUCAACGCAUUUUCGUAGCCUUAUCGGAGAAAUUCUCAUUAAACCUCCGACGCCAAAGAAAUUUAUUUAUCAAAAUUCAAAUCGCAUAAAAUUUCUUAUCGUAAGAAGCUUUCGACAUCUGCACAACUCUUUUGAACAGUAACAAGAAAGAGUUGACAUUGCGCAUUCUUCAAUUCCUUACAAUCUAUAAAUCGCCAACUCAAGGACGAUCCUUUGUUCAACCGAAAAGUUCUUCAUAAUAUAAUGGCACCGAAAUCUACUACCUUGACCACAAAGGUCGAGAGUGGUUCGCCAUAUCAACUUGAUCAUGAUCAGGUAUUUUUUCACUCUUCUCUCUUCACCCAAUUGACGCAUACUCACCCAUCAUUACUAGGUAUUGAAAGCAUCUACUGCACUCGUCAAACAUAUCUCUAGCACCGAGGCCGAAAAAGCCAAAAAAGCAGGCGCUAAAAACCUCCUUGCCGAAAACGACGACGACGAUGCAGAAUCCACUCCAGUUUGGCUAACCCUCACGACUAAAAAGCACAUUACCGACAAAACUAAGCUCAAGCCCGUCAAAGUCACUGUUCCCCAUUCUCUUAACACCUCCAGCACCACUUCCAUCUGUCUGAUCGUUGCCGACCCUCAACGAACAUACAAAGAUAUCGUUGCCUCUGCCGCCUUCCCUGCAGAACUCUCCAAACGCAUCACCAAAGUCGUGGGUGUCGAUAAACUCAAGAAGAAAUACAAGCAAUAUGAAGCGCAACGCAAAUUAUUCGCCGAACAUGAUAUCUUCGUUGCAGAUGAUAGAAUUAUUACUCUGUUGCCCAAAUUAUUGGGGAAAAAUUUCUACAAAUCAACUACCAAGCGUCCUAUUCCCGUUUCUAUCCAAGCUGAAGCUCCCAAAUCCGAGGGCAAGAGAAUCGCAAGAGCUAAGGGAGAGGAUGCACCAAAGUCGGCUGAGCCAAAGAAGAUUGCGGCGGAGAUUGAAAAGGCUAUUUCGAGUGCAUUGCUCACUUUGAGUAGCUCGACGAAUAGUGCGAUUAGAAUUGGUUAUGCAAGUUGGGAUGCGGCGAAAUUAGCGGAGAAUUUGGAGGUGGUGGCUAAUACUGUGAUUGAGAAGUAUGUUCCUAAGAAAUGGAGAGGAGUUCGAGCAAUCCACGUCAAGGGACCAGAGACCAUGGCGCUUCCACUCUGGUUGGCCGAUGAAUUGUGGGUUGAGGAUGAAGAUGUUUUGGAUGAGAGUGUAGUUCGGGAAAUUGAGGAGAGGGCCGCAGAGAAGAAGAAUAAGAAGAGAAAGAGUAGGGGCAUUGAGGGAAGUGAGGUUGAAGAAAAGGGAGGAGAGGAGAAGAAGCAAAAGUUGUUGGAAAGUAACGAUGAUAAGUUGGACAAGGAAAUUGCAUUGAGGAAGGAAAUGUUGAAGAAACAAAAGGAGGAUGCGGCAAAGGAUUUGGAUGCUAUUCCCGUGGUGGUUAAAAAGACCAAGAAGACCAAGAAGGUUGUUGCCUAAGUUCUGUUUCUGGCUUGAGGGUAAGCCAAUGUCCGAGAAGCACUUGAUCCAAAGAGGAACGAGACUCUUGGGCAAGAAAAGAAAAGUUAGACGUAUGUCGCAUCAGGGCCUGUCGAACGAAGGACUAAAAGGCGUUUUGGAGUUAAAAGUAAUCUCACGUUUUGCAUGUGUGUAAGUAAUAGCGACGAAAGACUUCAUUCGCGGAUUACUUCUACUUGCACCUAUACUGGGCAUUGCCACCGAGCUUUGGAAGUAGAUAGAUGAUUGUAAUGAAAGGGAAUCUUGUUGUAAUGGAUUGGAUAUCUGCAUGUCUCUGUUGAAUGUG